CUCAAGAGCAUAUAUAUAUAACGGAGUCCGGAGAACCCUAGGUGAAUCCUAGAGGCCUUAUUAUGGAACAUAUAUUGCAAUCGUAUCCAGAGGAUGCGCGCCGCAUUGGCGAAGAGUAUUUGUCCAGUUUGACGGAUUUGAAUUGCAAUAGCAAGCCGCUCAUCAAUAUGCUCACAAUGCUCGCCGAGGAGAACAUCAACUUUGCCCAAAUCAUUGUGCGCGUGGUGGAAUAUCAUAUCAGCCAGGUGCCGCCCGAAUUCAAAUUGCCCAUACUAUAUUUAAUUGAUUCGAUAAUUAAGAAUGUGAAAAGCAGCUACGUCCAGCUGUUUGGGCAAUGCAUAGUCAAUAUAUUUCUCAACGCCUUCGAAUCGGUGCAACAUUCGCCGUCGUCGGUGCUGGAGAAGGUGCGCGAACGUAUGUAUUUGCUGCGCCAGACAUGGAAUGAGGUCUUCCCGCCGACCAAGAUGUAUGCGCUGGAUGUGAAGGUCAAGCGACUGGACAACAAUUGGCCCAUUACAGCCAAACCGAUACAGCCAAAUAAAAUCCACGUUAAUCCCGCCAUACACGUCAAUCCCGAUUUUCUAAAAACAGGCAUGGUGAGUAUGCCCCUUACCAAGGAGCUACCAAUGGAGGAAAUGCUGCAGGUGAAGACGCGAGAGCUGCUUGAGCUGAAGAAGCGCAAGCUCGAACUCGAAUUGGAGCAGACGAAUAUGCAUUUAAUGCAGCAGGAGCGUCAAAUACAUCAAACAGCGGAUACGAUUGGUGUGGCGCCGCCGGGCAUGGGUAUGCCAGCACCAGUCGUCGCUGCACUGCGUCCACCUGGCAUGGAACCGGCAGCAACCGUCGUCCCACCCAUGUAUCCCGGCAGCAGCAUUCGUCCACCCGUUCGUCCCAUGAUGCCAGUUGUCGGCCAACAAUCGUCUUUUGCCAAUAAGCCCAAAGUGCAUCCAGUCAAUCCGGCUAUGGUGAAUACGGUGCGUCCACGUGAUCCACGUCUGGCGCGCCAAAUGCAGCCACAACAGAUGGCAGCGCCCGUAAUGCGUAGCGUCGCUGAUCCCCGGCUGGUGGACGGCAGCCACAAAUCAGGCUCGGCCAUUUCAGCACACAAAUCUAGUCGAUCGCGCAGCAAGUCACCAACGCGCAGCAGUAGCAAGAGCAAGUCCAGCAGCAGCAGCAAUCAUCACAGCUCCAGCUCGAGCAAUCGCAAGCGUAGCGAAUCCAAGAGCUCCACAUCAUCCUCGGGCUCGGGCGAUGGCACCAGACAUAAGAUUAGCAACAUCAGCAGCCAGUCGCCGACAAAGCGUUCGUCCAGCUCACGCUAUGCUCACAAUGGCAAUGGCAACUCGCCGGCAUCCUCCUCCACCACUUCCUCCUCAUCAAAACGCAAGAGCAGCUCACCAGCGGCCGCCAGCAGUAGCAGCAACUCACCCCUGAAAUCGAUGAAGCGCAAUCAAAGCACACACAACAAAAAUACACACACAACGAGUCGCAGCAAAUCCUCCGCCGCCAGCAAUGAGCGAUCUUCUCGCAGUCGAUCGCCAGUGUACAGCAGGGAUGUGGAUAUGCGUAGCGUGGAGCGUAGUAAAUCACCAGAGCCAAAAGCAGCAACAGCAACACAAGGAGCAACUCCAGCAGCAGCAGCUCCUUCAACAGAAACAACUCAGCCAGAAGCAACAGCAGCAGCUCCAGCAAAUGAUUUAGAGAAACGCCCACGUCCUUCCACGUCGCCGCAUAUAGAUGCAUCUAGCAUGGACGUCGAUUUGCGGCCAAUGAAUUUUGCUCAGUUGGCCGCGUUGUCGUCUAUAAUUAGGCCAACAACGCCGCCGCCGCCGGCCAUAACAACAGCAACUGUCAGCAAAAAAGCGACAACAACAACUAUCACAGCAGACACCAGCAGCACAACAACAAAUGCUAGCAGCGCCUCCAACGCAACAGCAACAACAACAUCGAACAGUUGUUCCUCCUCCAAAUUGCCCACAAAAGUGUCGUUCAAAAUACAAAAACCGUUUAAUAAAUUAGAAAAAUCUACAGCGAAUUUAUCAACAGCAACACUGCUAACAGCAACAACAACAACUACAACAGCAGCAGCAGCAGAUACAACAGCCGUAAGCAGCAAGCAAUCCUCGCCAGCGCCCGCCUCAUCCUCCUCCGCCACGGUAGAGUUGGUGGUGCCACUUGGCAAUAAGGGCGCCGGCGAGAAACGCUCGGCUGUUCAGCUGCCAACGGAUGCCGACUCGGAUGAGGAUGAUAAACUGCAGCAGCCACAGCAGAAACGCAGCAAAUCCGCCAAACUGGAUGCUCUGUUUGGCAGCGAGGAUGUGGAUUUAAGGCGAGCGUUGCCCGCCAAGCAACCUAUGCUUGUGACCGGUGGCGUUAUCGUCGUCGAAGAUGACUCCAUGGACAAUUGGGAAGUGAAUAAGCAAACGGCGAAACCGCUGUCGCCCGUCAAGAAGCCCACGUUGGAUGAGCUGCGUGCCAAGCUGGCCAAGACGGUACGACACAACAACAAGCUGUCCAAGUUGGAUAAGAGUAAAGAUCAUGUUGUGGCGCAGCGUCUGAAGCUGCUGUCGGAGCUGAAGUCCAACGAUGAUUCGCAGGAGGCGCACGACGAGAAGAUGCGCACGAUACUUAGUCAGGCCCAGGAGAUGUUCGAGAAUCAUGGCAUGAAUCAGGAACAGUACAAGGAUCUAGUCACCAAAGUGGUUGUCAUGAAUGAGAGCAGCAAAGGACUGAAGGAAAUGCGGCGACGCGAAGCAGCCGCCGCCGCAGUUAAUAAUGACGAAGAUGAUCUCGAAAUGGAACGAAAUGCGGCACGUGAUGCAGUGCUGCGCAAGCGGAUACCCAAGCUCAAGGGCAAUGAGAAUCAUCAUCAGCAUGCCACAGGCUCGCCACGCAGCGAUGGUGAACCACGCUACGAGGAGCAGCAGCCGGAGAAAUUACAGCAGCAACAGCAGCAGGCGCCGCCAAAGCAAACGAAAACCAAACGGGAUGGCAAGCGACGCAAGCCGAGCAAGUGGGGCGAACAGGUGGAUCCGGCAGCAGCGCAACGUGCCGCCUGGCAACUGCAGCAACAACAGCAGCAGCAACAACAAAACAACAACAAUAAUAAUAACAACAACAAGCGCAUGCCGCAAUCGAAUAUCUUGCCUGGUGGCGGCGGUUUUCGUGGCAUGCCCUGGCAACAUCCCCCUUUGGUUAUGCAACAAGCUGUCGCACCACCACCACCACAACCACCAUCGAUGCUAACAAUGCCACCAGUGCCGCCCGUCGUUAACAUCACCAAAGCCAUCAAUUCGUUGGAUAAUCCCAUGGCGGAUGUGGUGCGCAGCAUCACCAUCGAUGGUGGCAGCAAAGAGAUACGCUUCUACAAUCAGGUUGCCAUCAUAUUCAUGGAUGGCGAUGAGCCGCACGAGAUUGGCUUUCAGCAAGGCCAGCGUGCCAUUUAUAUUGAUCAUAACAAUGAACCGUUGGCGCUUAGUUUUAAUGAUGACUAUAAACCCUUCCAGCUGGAUGGACAAUUACAUCGCAUACGGUUUGGACAUCCAUCGAGGGAGCUCUACAUUGAUGAUCAUUGGUAUGAGAUCUAUUUUGGCGGACCACCCGUUUCGCUGCCCAUUGGUAAUAAGCUGCAUGUGCUCAAGGCGGAGGGACCACCGCCCAAUGUUGAUAUUGGACGAGUGCGUCGUGAUCUUGUCGUCGGCAAGAUCAAUAUGAUUGUGGAUGCGCACACAAUUGUGCCACUUUUUCUCGAUGGACGCCAGCAGACGUUCCAUUUGGGCGCCGAACAACAUUCGUUGCAGUUUGUCGACAGUUUUCUGUAUGCCCUGCUCGAUGGCCAGCUCCAGAAGCUGGAGUAUGGUGGCCUGCCCAAGAGCAUGAAGCUGAAUGGCGGUCGCAAUUGUUUCAUACGCUUUGGCACGCUGCCCAAGAGUGUGCAGGCGGGCAAGACCCAUGUGCAAGACAUGGUCUAUAUUAAAACUGAGGCGCCCGCAGAGCCACCUCAACCGCCACCUCUGCCAGUGGUGAUUGCACCAGCGCAACCACCACCGAUAGUUAAUCCUCUCGAGCAACAGCAGCCAGCUGUGGCAGAUGUGGCUUCUGCGGUUUCAUUGCCUGAUGCGACAGCAGCGCUGAGUAAUCUUAACAUUGAUGAGCUCUUCAAGAAGCUCGUCUCCUCGGGCAUAAUUGGUGCGCCAGCAGCAGCAACAGUUACAGCAACAACAGCAGCAGGAGUCGGUGCCAACAAACCAGUCAGCAGUUUGCCUGCUCUCGAGGCCAGCUCCACUGUCAGCAAAGAUGCAGCUGCUGUAGCAGCACCAUCAACGGAGGAGCCCAUCAAGCGCAUUGACCUCCAGAAGCCGGAUACGAUUAAGACGCGACAGGCGGCUGUUAUUGCCACACUAUAUUUGGGAAUGCAGUGCAGCAGUUGUGGCGUUCGCUUUCCACCCGAGCAGACCAUCAAGUACAGUCAGCACUUGGAUUGGCAUUUCCGACAAAAUCGACGCGAAAGGGAUUCCACACGCAAGACAACAUCGAGUCGUUGGUUCUACGAUCUCAAUGAUUGGCGACAGUACGAGGAGAUCGAGGACAUCGAGGAGCGGGAGCGUAACUUUCUGGAGUCGCAGGGCCAACAGUUGGGUGGUCUGGGUCCCAACGAUGGCAGCGAUGAGGUGUCGCAGCAACGUUCCCUGGAUUCACCGGUGCCCAGUUGUGCCGCCGGUGCUGAGGAUGUCGAUCGCAGCUGUGACAUGUGCCACGAGAGAUUCGAACAGUUCUACAACGAAGAGCUGGAGGAAUGGCAUCUGCGUUCUGCCAUUCGUGUCGACGAGAAAACCUAUCAUCCGUUGUGUUAUGAGGAUUACAAGGCAUCGCUAAAUCCACCAGCGCCCGUCGUGGGCGUCAUCACUGAUGGCGUUGAAUCUUCACAAGCCAAUGGCGAUGUGGAUAUGUUGAACCUAAGCGAUGAUAAUGCCAUGGAUACGCUCAUCAAGUUGGAGGAUGAUUCGGAUGAUGGCAAAAAGAUGCUGAGCGUAGACGAUGAUGAUGACGAUGAUGUAAUCGUGCUGCCCAAUGAGGAGCCGAGCGUUACCGAAAUCGUUGACGAUGAUGAUGAUGAGGAAUAUGUGCCGGCAACUGUGACAAGAACUGCUGAAACGGAGCUGGGCGACAGCGAUGAGCAGAAGGAUAAACCAACAGCAACCAGCUCCUCCCCCAGCGGCGAACAAGACCAGCAGCAGCAGCAAGAGAAAGAUAAUGAGUUAGAGAAGAAGGAACUGGAUAAAAAGAAUGCCAACGAAUCGGAUGUAGAUGUGGAGAUCCAGGAGCCAAACAUUCCCUUCACAGAUCUGGAUACCUACGUCGAAAAGGAGCCCAUGCCCAUGCUCCAAGUGAAGAUAAAAGAGGAGCCCAAAGAUGAUGACGAGGAGGACGAGGACGAUGGCUUUGAAGAUGUGGGCACUGUGGUGCAAUUGCUGCCACUGCCAGAAGAUGAAAUCUCGAUACACAGUAGUGAAACGCAAACGCAAACCAUUGAAUCAUCUGCGUCGCCGGCAACGCUGGAGCGUCCCGCUUCGGUGGCAUCGCUCUCAUUGCCAGCUGCGAAUGAGGAUGAACUGGAACUGGAGUCCUUAGCGGCGGCAACAACUGAGGCUGAUUUUAACGGUGAGAAUGCGCAGGAGGCACACAAUCUGAGCGCAGCGGGUUUGGCGCCGGCAUUACCUUUGGCUAGCAUAGUUAAUAAAAUAAAAAUAAAUAUCACUAAGAACACAAGUAGUAAUAGUCAUAAUAGUGCCUCAACAACCACAACAACAACAACGAUGACGCCGAUGACGUCAGCGGACUCCUCGCAAGUGUCGGCCAUUAGUGUGAUUGGCUACUCUGCCAAUGCCGAUGGGCAGCACCAACAGCAGCAGCAGCAAAAUUCAAUACAAACCAUUUCCACGAUUCCAGUGUUGUGCGGCGGCAACACAUUUGUACCGAAGAUUGCCACUAGCAGCAGCAAUUGUUCCACAAAUGCGCCGCCAUCCAAUAUUAGUUCCAUUUCCGUUAUUGGGAGCACUUAUGGCAGCAGCAACAACAACAGCAGCGGCAGCAACAAUGGCGCCACGCACACAACAACAUCAUCGAUGGGCGGGCCAGGAGCAGCAACAGCAGCAGCUACUUCCGGUACGUCGUCUGCUGCUGGUCAAAAAUCGACAACUCCACCGCCCCCAAAAGCUGCUGUCGAAGCUAUCGAUCCCGAACCUGUUAUCGAACUGAAGCCUGCGCUGCGAAAUGUGACGUUGAAGAAGACAAAGAAAGUUCAAAAUGGCGUCGAAACUUCCGGCUUGUGCUCCAUCAUGUAAAGGGAGUGCGAGAGCGAGAGAGAGAGAGGCACACAUGCAUAUUAUUCCUACUAUUCUCACUUACAUUUUUUUUAAAUAGCAAUCUUACAAUUUUAAUUUAGAACGUUACUUAGUUUUAGACAAUUUACAGAAGACGCGCGAUUUGUUCUCUCUGUAGGUGUACGUACGUAGCAGCCAAAUGAUAAUACAUAUAAAUAAUAAACAUCAACCAACGAUCGCCUGGGCAGCGCACAGAGGGAAAACACUUAAUUUAUUUUUACAAUAUAUACUGCAAAUAAUAAAAAGAAAACUUUUUUACACAACAAAUGCGAAAUCAACGUAUAUAUAAAUAUACAUAAUUUGUGAUAAUUUUACUACACACACUCGAGAGAAAUUCAGUUACACAAAUCAAGCUUGAUUUUUGUCAUUAUUUGUCAUGCAUCGAAAUUGGAACAAUAAAAAUAUUAAAAGCUGAA